GACUUCCGGUUUGAGAGCUGGACUAGGAGGCUGCGGAGCUGGGUUGGGGCCCGACCCUAAGAGGGUGAGGCAGGCCCGGGGGCAGAAAUGCAAGUGGGUUGAGGGUCAGCCCCGAGAGGGAGACGCCCCCACGGGUAGUCGGAGGGUGCUCUCAGGGCGCCUUGGCCUGGUCGGAGGCCUCUGGAGGGACUGUACGACAGCUCCGAGAGUGACCUGGCCGGAGAGAGCGAAGACAAAGAGGCCGGAAUCCCGCACCCGCCGCUCUUUGAGCUGAGCCCCACUCCCGCGAACCUCGCAGCCCUCCGAGCCCCUGGCCAGCAACCGAACUCGUCAUCAGAAGACCCAUUACUACUGCCCUCUCGGACUCCCUCUCUCCACCAACUGUGUGUGACUCCCUACGCCCACCGGCCCUUCUUCAGGAACCAAAACCAGUCCUCCCAAUGCGCGAGGUUUCCCGUCAAUAAUUCCCGAACAGUUGCUGAUCGUUUACUUCUGCUGUGAGGGAAAACAAAGACCAGUAUUCAGUACUUGAUUUUUGUCCCGGGUGGGAACUGGUAGUUGUGGAGUCUGAGGGGGCGGGGAGGAUGUAAAGGGCCUCUGGAAGGACUUGCAGAGGUACUGGGAGAGAUCAGCUGCGACCCGCUGGACAGAGGCUUUUUGUUGCCUUCAGCAGGAUGGUGACUUGCCUUUAGAUCCUCUCAAGCUCCAGGAAGAAACUCUUCUUACAGUGAGAGACUCAUCUGCAGGUGAUUCUCCAAGGACAUGGGAAAAUAGGUGUAAGCCCUCGAACCCUUAAGUGGAGGGGAGCUGCUUUCUGCUGUGAAUGAUGGCCAAACCCACUCUGAGAGGGAAUGGCCCUAACUCUGAGACCUUCCGACAGCGCUUCAGGAGAUUUCACUACCAGGAGGUAGCUGGGCCCCGGGAGGCUUUCAGCCAACUCUGGGAACUUUGCUGUCGUUGGCUAAGGCCGGAGGUGCGCACCAAGGAGCAGAUUGUAGAAUUGUUGGUGCUAGAGCAGUUCCUGACCAUCUUACCUGGGGAGAUCCAGGAUUGGGUACAGGAGCAAUGUCCAGAAAGUGGAGAGGAGGCAGUGGCUCUGGUGGAAGAUUUAGAAAGAGAGCCUGGAAGACCUGGAAGUUCGGUCACAGUCUCUGUGAAGGGGCAGGAAGUGCGCUUGGAGAAGAUGACACCCCUGAAAUCAUCACGAGAGUUAUUAAGUGUUCGGCAGGAGUCAGUGGAACCCCAGCCCAGGGGUGUAACCAAGAAAGAGAGGGCAAGAAGCCCAGACCUGAGACCACAGGAGCAGAUGAAUCCAAAGGAGAAGCUCAGACCUUUUCAAAGGAGCGGAUUUCCAUUUCCUAAAUCCGGUGUGGUCUCCAGAUUGGAGCAAGGAGAGCCAUUGGUCCCUGCUCUGGGCUCCAAGGAGAAGGAACUCUCAAGAGACAGUCACACAGGAGAUAGACAAAUGCAUGCUGAUCUGUUGUCAUCCAAGAGAGAGAGAAGGACCUGGGUGGAACAGGAUCACUGGGGCUUUGAGGAUGAGAAGGUAGCAGGUGUGCACUGGGGCUAUGAAGAGACCAGAACUCUCCUUGCAAUUCUCAGUCAGACUGAGUUUUAUGAGGCUCUCCGAAACUGUCACCGAAACAGCCAAGUGUAUGGAGCUGUGGCUGAGCGGCUCCGGGAGUUUGGCUUCCUUCGGACCCUCGAACAAUGUCGGACCAAGUUCAAAGGUCUCCAGAAGAGUUAUAGGAAAGUCAAGAGUGGUCACCCACCUGAGACCUGCCCCUUCUUUGAAGAGAUGGAAGCCCUGAUGAGUGCCCAGGUUAUUGCCUUGCCCAGUAAUGGCUUGGAAGAGAGAGCCUGUUACUCUGGCCUGGUGGGCAGUGAUGCUGAGACUGAGGAGCCAGGGCAGGGGGGUUGGCAGCAUGAGGGAACAGAAGAGGCCAUGGCUGAAGAGUCUGACAGUGAUGAAAUGGUCCAGGAAGCCACCACCCAAGACCCCGACAACUUGACUGCACCUGUUCUUUUUCGAAGCCCAAGUGGUGUACACUGGGGUUAUGAAGAGACGAAGACUUACCUUGCAAUUCUUAGUGAGACUCAGUUCUACGAAGCCCUCCAGAACUGUCACCGCAACAGCCAGUUGUAUGGAGCAGUGGCUGAGCGGUUAUGGGAAUAUGGAUUCCUUAGGACACCAGAGCAGUGUCGGACCAAGUUUAAAAGCCUACAAACCAGCUAUCGGAAAGUCAAGAAUGGCCAAGCACCAGAGACCUGUCCAUUCUUUGAAGAAAUGGAUGCUUUGGUGAGUGCCAGGGUUGUUGCCCCAUCCAGUGAUGGCCAGGAAGAGGAGACAGCCUCUUGCCCCAUCCAGGAGGUCAGUGAGACUGAAGCUGAGAAGCAAGCUGAGGUGGCAGAAGAGACCAUAGAAGAAGAUUCUGAGGAUGAUGAAGAGGAUACUGAGGUACCCUUAGAGGUUGUCAUGACCCGUGCUCCAGUCUUAUUCCAGAGUCCUAGUGGUUUUGAGGCUGGAUUUGAUAACGAAGAGAAUGUAAAACGAGAUAUUUCUGAGGAAGUACAACUACAUAGGACAUUACUUGCAAGGUCAGAAAGGAAAGUUCCCUGGCAUCUUAAUCAGGGUAAAGGCAGUGACACUGAAUGUAGAUCAGAACAACAGUGGAAAAAGACCCCAGGGGAGAGAAGAGGAAAAUCAACACUCCCAGAAAGGAGUUUAGGUAAAGUUCUAAAUCAUCAGAAACCUUAUUUGGGAGAGAGACCCUAUAAAUAUCUCAGAUACGGCAAAAGCUUUGGUCCGAACUCCCAGCUCAUGCAUCAGAUAUCCCAUCAAGUGGAAAAUCCAUAUAAAUGUGCUGACUGUGGGAAAAGCUUCAGUAGGAGUGCACGCCUCAUUAGACACCGGAGAAUCCACACUGGAGAGAAACCUUAUAAAUGUCUUGACUGUGGGAAAAGUUUCCGUGACAGUUCAAAUUUCAUCACCCAUAGGAGAAUCCACACAGGAGAGAAACCGUAUCAAUGUGGUGAGUGUGGGAAACGCUUCAAUCAGAGCUCAAGCCUUAUAAUUCACCAGCGAACCCACACAGGAGAAAAGCCCUAUCAAUGUGAAGAGUGUGGAAAAAGCUUCAACAACAGUUCUCAUUUCAGUGCACAUCGGAGGAUACAUACAGGAGAGAGACCCCAUGUGUGUCCUGACUGUGGAAAGAGUUUCAGUAAGAGCUCUGACUUACGUGCACAUCAUAGAACCCACACAGGAGAGAAGCCCUAUGGGUGUCGUGAUUGUGGCAAGUGCUUUAGUAAAAGCUCUGCUCUUAAUAAGCACCGAGAAAUCCAUACACGAGAAAAACUUCUGUCACAGUCGGCACCUAAGUAAGCUCCUGAGAAUUUAAAGAAAAGAAAUAUAUCAAAAUGGUUGGAAAAAGUCUGCCAAUAGUGAGAUCCAUCUCCUAUUCUCUGCCCAACUAGCUUAGGAAACACUCUAGGAUUUACCCCACCUUUUGUUCCUGUUUUUCCUGGAUCUGUGAAUCCCAAGGCAGUCAUCUUGAGAAUGAGAGGAUGAUUUCAGUCCCUCUCCUUGCCUGUAUUUGAAAUGACAGAUGACACCUUUACCUCUCAGUGCCUAUGUUGUUCCCUUAAUAGACAGGACUAGGUAGUAGAUCCUAUAGUUUUGAUAUAUACCCUUAUUUAUUCAUCCUGUUAUUCAGCUGUAUUUCAACUGGAAAAACUUAUCACAGCACCAUUUCAGGGAGAAGUUGUGAGACUUUUUCUAAUUGAGUGGGUCUAGCUCUUUAUAUAGUAAAGGAAAUGCAAGUAAGAAUGGCUCUUCGUGUUCACAUAAGCCUGUGCUCAGAAUGACAUUUGUCAUGCACACUUCAUUUACCUUACACGAGAGUUUAAUGUCCACCUUGACUCUGACCUAGUAAAGAAUUUGUCAAAAGCCUAGGUGUCUGUAUGGGGAAACAUUGUAAACCUUGUAUAAAUACUGAGUUAUGAACCCUGAAUUUCUUAGUUUCUUCCAAGUCUUAGAUGUUCUCGAAUAGAGUAAUAUUUAGAGCAUCUAGUUUGAUCUUUUUUUCUUCUUCCAUCUCAUCUGAAUUUCAUCUAUCUCUUGUCCAGACGUGCAAAGAGCAAGCCAGCUGGAUAUGUUGAGAGAGAGAGCAGUUAAAGCUGCCAGUGGGGAAUUGGCUGUGUUCCACACACUCCAGACACCUAGUUUAGUGUUAUGUACCCCAUGGGCACUUAAUACUAACCUGCACUGAGCAGAAGCCACUGCCAUAUUCCCAUGGAUUAGGAAACAGACCACUUUGUGCCAACAACUCUAGCCUAAUGGCAGGGAGGACAGAUUAUUUUUGGUCAUUGGAGUUGCCAAUACUUGCACACAUGCACACGCACACAUUCAACCGUACACACCUAUUUUUAGAAGCUCUCAAACACAAGUAUAAUUCUGAUCUAUGUAUAACCAAAUAGUAUUGAAUUAAUUGCCCAUAUAUUCAUAGUAGAGCACAAGGUAAACAGACUCUGUCCUUGUCCUUACAGUUUAAAACAGAUGACACUGACAUGGACAAACAAUAAAUGCACAUGUAGAGCUGCAACAGUUUUAGAGAAAUCUAGAAAUACAGUAACAUUAUGCAUAAAUGUUAAGAUCUAAUGCAUUAUGAUUUUCUAUAAGAAAAAUCUGGGAGGUAUUUUUUUCUCUUUCUUCAGGAAGGCUUCAUGAAACAGCAAGUGUUUAAAGGAAGGAGGGUUAGUAGGUAAAUUAGAGUGGGAUAAACUUUCCAAAAUAAAUCACAGAACUGAGUUCUGAGUGGGUGAGAAAUGGGAAAAUUGGGAAACAAGGUAUUAUGAUAGAAGAAACACCAGUCUAAAGCAGUGCCUCAGGAUCUGAGAUGGUUUAGUAAGUGUGCUAGAAUGUUUCUGAAAAUGAGAGAUUACUGUCUUUAGUAUAUUUAUGUGUAGUUGUGUGUAAAAAGCAUCGGUUGGUGUAUCAGCAGAUAUGAAUUCCGGUUCCAGAUGUCUUGUGUGUAAGUCAACCUGUUUGUAUCCAUCUCCCUUUCUGUAAAUCAGAAUAACGUUUACACCUUAAUCUGCCUCUCAGGGAUACCAUGUUAAUAAAAAAUUAUGUCUAUAAAGUACCCAGUGUUUCUUUCUGGUGUUCCCCCCCCCCCCAAAAUGUACAUGUGCAAGUUAUUAAGUUGUUGCUGCGAGGAAAAGAUACGUUUUUACCUGCUUUUUUAAAGCUCCCUAUGUGGGCAUACUAGAAAUAUGCCUGUUUGAAUCUUUAUGUUCUAGACUGAGAAACAAAUUAGGAAGCGGUAAAAGAAAAAUUAGAAUAAAAAUCAUUCGUUGGUAUCUGUAUCUCUAUUCAUUGGGACAGUCCAUUAGGGCCUGUGUCAUAACUGGGCAUGGAGAGUAAAUCUUAUUUUAAAACACCCAGGACCAGCCCUCCAAGCUACAGAUGAAGAGAAUGUACAAAAGGAAUAGGGCAAAGGCAAACUCUUACUAAGAAAUGCCUAUUUCAUCUCAAACUAGCUUACAAACCAUUUUCUGCUACCCAAUCUGCCACUCCUGAGGCAAGAAGCAAGAAAUAAUAGUCUACACAUUCUAAGAGAGAAACCAAGGCUACUGUAGGUGGAGCAAGAGGAUCUGUGCACCCUAACCUGCCCUUUUAUUUUUUUUCAUUUUUUUAUGUUUAUUUUUGAGAGAGCAAGAGACAGAGCAUGAGUAGGGGAGGAGCAGUGAGAGGGGGACACAGAAUCUGAAGCAGGGUCCAGGCUCUGAGCUGUCACCACAGAACCCGACGUGGGGCCCAAACUCAUGAACCGUGAGAUCAUGACCUGAGCUGAAGUCGGACGCUUAACCUACUGAGACACCCAGCCUACCUGCCCUUUUAAUACUCAUAAGAAAACCUUUGUGGAGAUGGAGCGGCAUGUGUACAAAGGAAGCAAGAAUGUAUUAGCAGGAGCUAGAUAGUCCUAUCCUCCUCAUUUGUUUCCCUAGUGCUGUUAUUUCUUUUUCUUCAUUUUUCCCAUGGAAUAAUUAAAAAAAAAAUAAACUCUACCCCCAACGUGGGGCUCAAACUCAUGACCCCAAGAUCAAGAUUUGUAUGCUCUAAUGACUGAGCCAGUCAGGCACCUGUCAUUCUUCCUUUGAUUGCUUGCUAUGGCCAGUGCCACAGAACUUAAUAACAUAGGUUUUCUCUGUGUUGCCAUUUCUCUUUUACUAUAAUCAGAGUAGGGAGGCUGAGUCUUAUCAACUCUGUAGAGAACCAAUUAGGAAAGGGACAAUAAGAGAGGGGCACUUGGCUGGCUCAGUCAGUAGAGCAUGUGACUCUUGAUCUCGGGGUCGUGAGUUUGAGCCCCAUAUUGGGUGUAGAGAUUGCUUAAAAAUAAACUCUUUUAAAAAAAAAGACGGGGGGGGGGGGCACCUGGGUGUCUCAGUGGGCUGGACAUGUGGCUUUGGCUCAGGUCAUGAUCUCAUGGUUUGUGAGUUCGAGCCCCUGGGCUCUGUGCUGUCAGCACAGAGCCCACUUCAGAUUCUCUCUUUCACUCUCUCUCAUUCUCCCUCUCUCCCUC